AUGGUUUCUUGGUCGACACUACUGGUUGCUGGGCUCGCGACAGCCGGGGCUCGUGGCAACCCGGUUGAGCUGUCUCGUCGGGCUAAUCCGACUGUCUACCUCGCCGGAGACAGCACCAUGGCCAGGACAAGCAGCCCUCAUAUGGGCUGGGGCGAAUACCUCGCUAAGUACAUCACAAUCCCCGUGGUGAACAAGGCCAUCUCGGGGCGGUCGGCGCGCAGCUACACCAACGAGGGGCGCUUCGCCGAGAUUGAGAAGCUGGUCAAGGCCGACGACAUUGUGGUCAUUGAGUUUGGGCACAACGACGGCGGCUCGCCCAACUCGGCGUCGGACAAUGGUCGCAGCGACUGCCCGGGCACCGGCGGCGAAGUGUGCAAGUCGGGCAAGACGGGCGAGACGGUGUACACGUUCAACCACUACGUCGAGACGGCGUCGCGGAGCUUCAUCGCCAAGGGGGCCAAGGUGAUUGUCAGCAGCCAGACGCCCAACAACCUGUGGGAGACGGGCACCUUCAACCCGAGCGCCCCGCGCUUCGUGGGCUACGCCGCGCUCGCGGCCAGGAAUGUCGGCGCUCCCGGGGCCAGCUUUGUGGACCACUUCCAGGCUGUAGCGGCCAUGAUGCGCAAGCUCGGAAGUGCAAAGACGAACGCCCUCUUCCCCCAGGACCACACGCACACCAAUCCAGCAGGGGCCGACCUGGUUGCGCAGGCGUUUGUGCAGGCGGUGAAUAUGAACAUGAACGGGACGACACCGCUGAAGGGAUAUCUCAAGAGUCCUGUGCCGGUCGUGUUUUGA